CACUGUGUACAUACGCCUACUUACUGCAUGCUCCUCUUAAUGCGGAAGCUUGGUUUUUAAAUGAAAAGUGAAACUGCAAUGAAUUAGGGGAUCUUUAAAAUACAUCAGAUAUCAGACCCGAGUUUAAUGUUUUUGUAUGAUUAUUUUCGUUACAGUCGUUACAGCCUUACAGUGUAAGGGCGCUGGGGUUAUACAGUUACAGUGUUUUGCGUUUUGAUAAAAGUAAUCUGUCAUGUUAGCAGUUUUUGUUUUGGCUUUUCAGCACGCGGUGGCACACGGUGUGCAGGUGGCGGAUGUGGUACUGUCCUGCUCCUACAUUGAGGAAGGGGGAGGAAUGACUGGAUCUCACUUUAUACGCUCGCCUGCCACUGUGGUCCUAAAAGACCUUCCUAUGAACUCUGACUUUUCGCCUGAAACCAUCACCCCCUACAUCCCCCCUGUCACUCCUAACCCCGAUGACCUGAUUUUUGAGACCACGACUUCAUCAGUGGAGAUUCCUGAAGCAGAGUCUCUUCUCCAUGCUGACUGCAAUGAACAGGAAGUGAUAUGUGAACUGAGUUCUUAUAUCCCUCGAGGGGCAAAAUCGGAUUCUGUACCUGCCCAUUUCAUCGCCUCAGUACAGCUUGAAGGAGGAGGGGUCGGCUUCACUCUGGUGCUACAGGCGAUGUCCAAUGAGGAGGCAGAAUCGAAAGCUGCAUCACUAAUGCAGAGCAAACUUCAGCUUCCUCUCAGCCAGUGGGGAACUCUGAUCACAGAUGCUGUGUUUGUGGUGUUCUCUCGUGCGCCCUCCAUUGCGGUCUCUAUCGGACAAGACAUUGUGUUAGAUUGUGGUUAUAGGCAAAGGGACACCCCUACAGAGCUAAAUUUGGGUCUUGAGUGGCGCUGGCAGUAUAGAGGACAUGGGCGGACCAUUCUGGAUAUGAAAGAGACUGCAGCAGGAACGCAUGUGAAAAUGGAUCGGAAUGAAACAAGUGCAAACUCAACCUUACUAGUCAGAGAGGGAAAUGCAUCUCUUACCAUGGAGAAUUUAAAGGUCUCAGAUGAGGGCACAUACAUUUGUACAAUUACCUCUGAACCCUUCCAAACCCAGCAAAUCGUUCAGCUGAACAUCAUACAACCUCCCAGAGUUUUUUUCACAGAAAACAAAAUAACAUUCCCGGAUGAAUCACCGAAAAGAUUGAGUUGUCACUGUGAUCGUUAUUACCCCCUAGAUGUAAAGGUGGAGUGGUUUUCUCAGCUCCCUUCAGAGACAGAGAACGUCUCCCUGACAGAUGAAUCAUCUCUCUCCAGUCAUCGGCAGAACAGUGAUGGGACGUACUCUCUCUCAUCCUUUCUCAUCGUCCACCCUUCUAAACACCCUAUUGGCACUGUGUUUACCUGCAGGGUCUCUCAUUUUGGCCUAAAAACUCCCAGUGAUGUUAAUCUGACAGUACUAACACCUGAGCCAGGUCAACUAGCCAGUCUGGUGGAGAAUUACUGGGUGAUUUUGCUGACACUGAUUUUAUCAAUCUUGUUUUUAUAUCAAGCAUCAAGAUAGGCACUGAAUGGUACAACAGACAGAGCCUGCUCAGAAUUCCAGGACCUAGGGGUUAAUCCUGAGCUCAGUGCAACUUCACUUUUGUUUGGUCUGUGUUGUUGUUUUUUCCAGUUUCCUCCAAGCUCUGUGUGUGUGUGUGUGUGUGUGUGUGUGUGUGUGUGUGUGUGUGUGUGUGUGUGUGUGUGUGUGUGUGCAAUUUAACGAUUUAAGGUUAGAAAUAUCUUAAAGUCUAUCCAUGAGGCAAACAUUUUUAUUUUUUAUUUAAAUGUCUGAAAGACACCAAAUUUCCUUUUGUUUAUUGAGGUCAUUGUAAAGGUUCAGUGUAAUGUAGUGUUAAUUAGCUGUGUGUGUGUGUGUGUGUGUGUGUGUGUGUGUGUGUGUGUGUGCAUGUGAGUGUGUUGUUGUGUGCAUCUAUGAGCCUUACAGUUGACUUUUCAGUGACUACUGAUGUACAAUGAAAUAAAACAGUUCUUUUUAUUAGGUGUUUGUACGGGUGUACCUGUAAACCUGAAUGGUGAAAAUGUGUGCUGAAUGUUGUUACGUUUAAAUGUGAACACUGUAAUCAUAUACACCCCCUAACAGAAACUGGACUUCCAUUGACUUUUCUGAGUAACAUUACUCUUCACAGCAACAACAAACUAGGUUUAUUGUAAGGAAAAACAAAAACUGCACAAUAAUAUUGGUGACAGUAGUUACAAAGCUAAUAAUAGUUACCUCUACAUUUGUCAAAAAACACCUUUGCUUUCACACGUUCUCAACAUAGCAAUCAUUUCUUCACAGAAAUAUUUUUAAAGAUGUGCUGCUGCCUCUAAUGUCUCUCUCUUUUAAAUACUUCAUUAAACCCCACUCAGAGAAAAAAA